CUUUUGGAGUGACGGACGUAUCAGACGAACAGUAGUAAGGUAGUCAGUCACACGUGAGAGCUUCGUCACGAAAACGUGGUCAGAUCUUUGUCUAGUCCUCUGGACUCCAGAGGGAGCGUCAGCCUUCCAAGCUGCAGUACUGCAGCGGCCGCUAGAGGGAGCUCCAAGGACAGCAGGCAUCCUGACCACAAGCCCAAAGAAAUGGACAACAGUCUAAGAAAGCCUGGAGAGUCAUCGUCAUCAUCACACAGGUCUGCCAAAAAGAACGUGUCCAGGGGGUUUACAACCUCGAUGUUGGAUCAGGACAUCCUAGGAACGCAGCCGCUAUUAAGGGUUCGUUUGUUCAACGAUUAAAGUCCUACGUCAUCUGAGUUCAGACCCGAGUAAUCCAGGUCAGUUUCUAUCUGUGAAGCAACCUUCUCCAGUACGACAGGACCGAGAAGGAAAGGCCCAUUUGUCUUAUCUGUUGAAAACCUAUAAAACAGUCAAAAGAGUGCCCACCCGGUGCCAAAGAUCAAGGCAUGUUGAGGUGGCAGAUCCCGGCUAAUGCAAAAGACCUAAGCCCUUUUCAAAGAAGUUCAAAUCUUCUCCUUAACUAUGAUCGCCGUUUUAUUAACCCAUAUUAUUAACACACUAACCUACAUCAUCCCGGUACUAUUAGCCGUCACAUUUUUAACCCUAAUUGAACGAAAAGUACCAGGGUAUAUACAGCACAGCAAAGGACCCAACAUUGUAGGACCUUACGGCCUACUUCAACCAAUUGCUGACGGGGUGAAAUUGUUCAUCAAAGAACCAGUACAGCCAUCUACCUCACCCCCCCCUGUUUUUUCCAAGCCCCCAUUUUUAGCCCUGACAUUGGCACUAACUAUGUGAGCCCCCCUACCAAUACCUUACCCCAUUAUAGACAUUAACCUAGGCAUUUUAUUCAUUUCAGCUAUCUCUAACCUAACUCUGUACUCAAUCUUAGGCUCCGGAUGAGCAUCCAACUCAAAAUAUGCCCUAAUUGGUGCAUUGCGAGCUGUUGCCCAAACAAUCUCUUACGAAGUAAGUCUAGGACUAAUUCUCCUUACCACGAUUAUCUUCAGCGGAGGAUUCACUUUACAAACCUUUAGCACCACCCAUGAAACUAUCGGACUAAUAAUCCCAGUCUCACCCCUAGCAAUAUGGUAUAUCUCAACCUCGGCAGAAACAAACCGAGCCCCUUUCGACCUGACAGAAGGAGAAUCACAACUAGUCUCAGGAUUUAAUGUACAAUAUGCAGGAGCACCAUUUGCAUUAUUUUUUCUAGCAGAGUACGCAAAUAUUCUAGCAAUGAAUACCCUUUCCGCAAUCUUAUUUCUAGGAGCUAGCCACCUCCCAAACAUACCCGAACUCACCGCCACAAACCUUAUAAUUAAAGCAGCCCUUCUAUCCUUAGUAUUCCUGUGCGUACGAGCCUCAUACCCUUGCUUUGGGUAGGACUAACUUAUACACCUUAUCUGAAAAAACUUCCUCCCCAUCACUCUGGCACUAGUAAUUUGACAUCUAUCAUUACCAAUUGCCUUUAUAGGACUAGCCCCACAAUUUUAG